UCCAGCCCACUGGACUGAAGUGAAACAAAGACAAUGAAAGAAACUAUAUUUCAGGCCGCUACCCUGAUUUCAGUUGCCUUAGGGAUGGUCCUUGGAUUUCUGCUGAAGCUUCUAGUUCCUCUAACUCCACAUCAAAUUCACUGGAUCCAAACGCCAGGGGAAAUAUUUCUAAAUAUGCUUCAGAUAUUUGCUGUCCCCCUCAUUGUGACCAGCGUGAUUGCAGGAGUAACUGAAUUAAGCAACAAAAUGUCCAAGAAAAUGGCCAUCUUCACUGGAACCUACAUCUGUGGCACUACCUUCAUUGCCAUAAGUAUUGGGUUGACUCUGGUGCUAAUAGCUAAGCCUGGUGAGGGGCAAGACAUUUUAUCCACUGAAUCUCCGGAUGCCCCAGCCUUCUCCAUUCAUUUGGUCCUUCAGGACCUUUUAAGGAACAUGAUUCCAGAGAGCUUUCUUCAGGCUUUCUAUGAGCAGUACAAGACUGAGAUUGUUCUUAUUAAAAGAGAAGAAUCUGUCCGCAACAUUAGUCAGAAUGACACAGAGAUAAGACUGAUAGGCAGUUAUGUUGCUGGACCCAACAUGAUAGGACUGAUCGUCUGGUCUUUUGUCAUCGGCAUCAUGUUAAACAAGGUGGAAAGCAAGGCCAAUGUCACUGUGCAGGUCAUUCAAUGCCUCAACGAAGCAAUAAAAAUCACAUUUAACUGGAUCCUGUGGUACUUGCCAGUAGGAGUGUUGUUCCUGGUUACACACCAAGUGCUGGAGGUUCAGGACUGGGGCGCCAUCAUUAAACUUGGAAAGCUUUCAGGGCUGGUUCUUCUGGGGUAUGUAAUCCAUGCCCUUUUUGUUCUUCCUGGGCUUUAUGUCAUAAUCCUCAGAGUGAACCCUUAUGUCAUCUUCAAGAAGACCUCAAGGGCCUUGCUGACAGCAUUUGUUAUUGCGUCCAGCUCCGCCACUCUGCCCAUCACCCUCCAAUGCUGUGAAGAGAACGUGAAGGUCAAUGUGAGACUCUGCCGCCUCAUGCUGCCCAUCGCCACUACCAUCAACAAGAAUGGGACCGCACUCUACGAAGUGAUCGCUGUUGUCUUUAUUACCCAGAUAAAUAACAUCGUGCUGGAUGUCGGCCAGAUAAUCACCAUUGGCUUGACUGUUUCCAUCAUCAGCUUUGGAACUGCAGGGAUCCCAGUAACGGGAGCUAUGAUCACUAUCCUGAUUCUGACAUCUGCGGGACUGCCUGCAGAUGAUGCCUACGUUCUGCUGGUGGUGGAAUGGCUUCUAGACCAUUUCGGCACUUCGGUGAAUGUUCUGGGAGACUGCUUUGGUGUGGCUGUCAUCAAUCAUCUGUGCUACGAUGACCUGAUGAAGUCCGACAAUAAAAGCAUUGAAAGGACUCGUUCCAUCAAGGACAUCGAAAUGGACUUAUCCUUUUUGGAUUCUGAUGAAGAGUCCAUUUCCUCCACCCCUUCAUCCCACUCAAGAUCCAUUUCACCUAAGAGAGGGGAUCAUCUCAGAAGAGUGGUAACGCCAAGAAACUGAAACCUCUGGAUAGGGACGUCAUCAUCCGGGGGUGUCUGAGCUGCUCAUUUCCAUGUUUGCCUAUGUUUUUAUUAGGAGGAUGGGGCCAUAUCAGUUUAUUCAUGUGUUUCUUUGUUUCUAUUUUUUUUCAGUUCUUGCAAAUAUGA